UAAGCAUUGUUGCGGGGGUAAAGAGACUGCGGAGCUCGGCAGCUGCUGAAAGAACGGGAAGGAGGAGUGAACGGUGGAAGUUUCUAGACAAUAACUAUCCUUUUUUUUCAACUAAAACAACGACUGCGCACUUUAACAGUUUUAUUUCAAAACUUUGAAAUCUGACACGCAUCUGUUGAACACUAAAGAGAGGACAAACAUGCCUGAAGUCUUUGCAUCCAUAGAGGUUGGAAGUAUACCUCCGUCCCCAGUGGACAGCAGUCCCCGAAGACUGUCUUGGGGGAAACUGGUCCAAAGACUGGCUGAUUUCAGCACACAUGACAGCAGCAUUGAAUCAGGGUCCAAUAAUGGCAGCAGGAGUGAUCUUUCAGACUCAGGCUCUGAUUUCUCCAGUGAUCUGUGUCCAGCGAAUGAUGACCUUUUCUUUGACCCAAUGGAGGAAGCGAUCCUGAAAGAAGUAGUGGACCUUAUUGCACGGAGCCUAAGGGAGGCCAAAGACUCAGACUGUGCGUUGAGAUGUACCAAGCUGCUCAUUCCGGAGAAACUUCUGGAGCACAUCGGACAGGAGCUCAUCCACCUGGCAGCUAGCGAGCCCUGCGGUUUAAGAGGGGCUCUCAUCGACCUCUGCGUGGAGCAAGGGGCCGCCUGCGAGAGCAUAGGACAGCUAUCCGUGGACCCUUACCUCGUCCCCACAUUUCAGCUCACUCUGGUGCUGAGGCUAGAGUCGGGUGGGCUGUGGCCUAAAAUCCAGGGACUGUUCAGCUCCAAAUCUCCUUCCACUCCAGCUCUCAGACAAGCUCUAAAACUUAGCACUGGGUUCCGCGUGAUUAAAAAGAAACUGUAUUCUUCUGAAGGGCUGCUCAUAGAGGAAUGUUGAAUGUCUUGAGUGGAUAGAAAAAAACUCACAGAAAGGCCUUAGAACUUCAAAUAUGUGAUGCCUUUUGAAGUGUAAGGAUGACCUUUGUCAUAAUGUAGCCUUUUGUUCCUACUGUUCAGGACCUGAAGUUUAUGGUACUUGGAACAUUUUUUUUUUUUUUAGCCUAACCAUUGUGCUUCAUCUUGGUAAACGGGCAUUUUGCAAGUAUUAAAGUGUGAACCUUAGUUUCUGUUGAAACUUUGUUCAGGCAGCUAGCUGUAUUCUUUGAAUCUCUGUAGAUUUAUUUUUUGUUUUUAUAUAAACAUGUCAGUGAAUUGAACUGUAGACCAUUAUCUUAGGGUAUCUCUGACACGCCCAGAGUUAAAGCCAGCCAGAGCUUGUACAUUUGCAAGCCACAGCUAAGGUUUCAAACCUCAUUCAGUGUUCCGUUGUGUGUUUGAGCCUCAUGCUUUCAACUUUAUUUGAUAUUCAGAUUUUCAUAAUGUUGCACUGUUUUUGUACUUUCAUGAUCACAAAUAAAUUAUUGUUUUUUUAAUAACAAUC